AUGGAAAACACAGCGAGGAAUGAACUUCAGCUUCCUCGCUUAACGAAUCCAGUGACACAAAAUGUUGAUGUUCCAUUCGAAAAACAUCAACAUUUUGUUGUUGCUCCUUCCAGACCUCCUGAAGUACAAAAUCAAGUUCAAUUUUCAGCAGUAGCACAAAUUCGGUUAAAGAAAAAGAAGUACACGAAGAGAAAACGUCGAGUGUUGCAUUUACACGUGAAAGUGUGGUUGUUAAAGAAGAAUUCGAAGAUUCAACUUCAAAUCUUUCUUCAAACAGACUUGAUUCUGUUGCAAAAUUUGAUGAAAUUGUACAGAAACAAACAGAUCUGA